GCAAAGGCACACCCAUACACACUGAUAUACAAAAUAAGGUGUUUGGCCAAGAGAAAAAAGCAGCAAAGAGCUGUGUUCUCGUCGAACAUAAAUUUCUUUAGCCUCUUGGCAAUAUCCAAUACUGGAAAUUCUUUCUCUGUAAAUCUUCCUCCACCAUGACAACAAACUUCUGUAUUCUUCAGUCCGCAUACCCAUUUCCUCAACAUUGCAUUCUCUCCACAAAUAUAAAAUCCACGCCCACCUCCGUCAUAUCUACUUUCACAUUAACAUACAGAACAAUCUCAACCUCUGCACCGUUCAAUUACAAGCACACUACAAUUUGCGGAAGGAAAAAGGGAAGGAUAAAAGCCAGGUGUGAACUGAAUACAGUUGGUGAUGACAAAGACACCACUGAUACAUCUUCUCCAAAUAAAAAGGCUCGUGCAGCGUUAGAACAACUGGAUUCACAGCUCUCGGCUCUUGCAGAGAAAAAUACCUUUAAGGACCGAAAUGCUGAUUAUCUUUUAAGUAACAAGGAAAAGACAUUCAAGGAAGCUGGUAUUGGCAAGGUUGACUGGCCAGAAUUUAGCCCAGGUUUUCUUGCUUUCACAGGCAUUGGUCUCCUCCUCCUUACAUUGGUUAAUAAUAUACUAUUCAAUGUCUUCAUUGCAUCAUCUGCGAGAAAAACUCCCUCAGCCCCUUAUGCUUUUGAUGUUGCAAAAUCACGGUUUGAUUACAAGGUUGAGUCGCCAGAGGCACCACCAUUAACUAAUGGAAGCUGAAUUUUGUGCAUAUGUAAGAUACAUGUCUUAUCCUUAUGAAUAUUUGAUUGGAAAAAAAUAUCAGCAAUAUUCAAUUUUCUUCCUUCUAAUUUUGGGAUAGUGUACACAAUAUAUUUGGUCAUCUUUAUGUCAGUGUCAUCAAAGAGUUGAAGCAGUUUGUACAUUUGUUAUUUUAUUGCUUUUAUUAAAUCAAAUGAUCAGAGAAGUCAGGAACACAUUGAAAGUGUA